GUCAGCCUGAGUAAACUGGACAGUAUUUGCAGCUCAAAGUACACUUUUACCGAAGUUCAGAUGAAAGGUGGAGAAGGGCCAUUUUAGUGGACCGCUUUUAUUUCUAAAUUUCUAUCUUAUUAAAGGUCAUACGAGGAUUAAAGACUAGAAAAGCUCAUUUCUCUUAAGAGCUACACGUGGCGACAGCUAGACUUAAGCAGGGUGGCCCAUCCGUGCACUAAUGGCACACAGAUUUCAUGAUGAUUUUCAGUCUCUGGAGGUGGACGAGGAUGCAGAAAAAUGGAAGAGAGGUAUGAUGACUCAAGUAGGGCAGUCGGUUCGAUCAUCCAGAUUGCUGUACAUCACAUUUGCAGUUGUUUCUAUAUUUCUCCUGGCUAUUAUAAUAACAAUUGGCGUCAAUAAUGUGAAAGUACAGAAGAAGUUCGAAAUUCUAGAAAAUUCAAUAACCAACUUCAGCGCCUCAUCAAAUAUUGACAUUCAAGGGCUCAGAGAUGAAGACCAAGACUUUAAAGAUGAACUCCUGAAACUGCGAGAUACAAUACAAAACAUUGAACUACAGCUAGUGACGGUGCAAAGGGUCCCUCCUGCUAGCAAAGAUGUUAAUCUUCUGAGGUCACAGCUGGAAUCUUUGAAAUGUCAAUUUGAGAAGAUUCAGAAAAAUGAAACAAGCAAAGUCUGCUGCUCGGAGGGCUGGGUGUUUUACUCUGGCAGCUGCUAUUUCAUCUCAUCAGACACAUUAGACUGGAAUUCGGCCAGAGAUUACUGUAUUUCCUGGGAGGGUCAUCUGCUCGUGGUGGAUAAUGAUACUGAAUGGAUGUUUGUCACAAGUUUCACCAAGCCAAGAUACUACUGGAUUGGAUUGACAGAUGAAAGGACAGGCAAAUGGGAGUGGGUUGAUGGGACAGACUACAAGAUGCAUUCUCAACACUGGAAACCAGGGCAGCCUGACAACUGGAGAGCACACGGUCUUGGUGGUGGAGAGGACUGUGCCCAUUUACACAAUGAUGGCCGUUAUAAUGACGAUCACUGCAGUCGCCAGUACUUUUAUGUUUGUGAGAAGAAAAAUCCAUGAGAUAAAGCUGAAAUGAAAUCAGAGUCUGAUUGACCAUGAAUUUGUUUGCGCCUGACAGAAUUAGAGAGGGAAAUUAUACCAAUCUCUUCUCCAGUGCUUAUUCGUAUUAUUUCUGUGCUUCCACAUACAGAAAAUGAAGUGCUGCAUUUGCUUCUUGUUGCAUGGAUGGAAGAUAUUUUAAGCUGAGAUCUUUUUCAAAAUAAAAAUGCUCAGAUUUCCUGCA